AUGAGGCUCAACUACAUCAAGAACUAUACCGUCCGCCCCUGCGUCUUCCAUGCUCCAGACAACUUGAGGGACACCAAGCCCGAGGCUUAUACUCCUCAGCUAGUAGGCCUCGGACCAUACCACCAUUUCUGGCCACAAGUUCAGCACAUGGAAAGCCACAAACGGGCAACUGUUUUAGAUUAUCUGGAAGGCCUUAACAAGGAAGACUUCAUCAAACUUGUUGAGGAAGGUCCUGAAGAUUUUGAACCCAAAAUUCGUUCGUGUUACGAUAGAUACCUCGACCUGGAUAAGGAGACCUUGGCUUGGGUAGUCAUUGUGGAUGGCUUGUUCCUGUUGGACUUGAUUGAUUACCUGGGCUCUGAGGAGCCGAACAAGAACAACCCUGGGUCCGAGGACGUGGAAAAGGACAGGAUUUACUCGAAGCCUGAAGCAUUGGCUGCCGAUGUAUUCAUGCUCGAGAACCAAAUUCCAAUUGUUCUGAUUCAGGAAAUGCGUGCGAUUCUCCAAGAAAGUUUCGAUAUUGAUUCAGAUGCAGAGUUGUUUGGGAAAUUCGUCCGUUUUUGUGACAAGUACUCCCCCCUAAAGCUGACUUCAGAUUCAACCUCAAGAAACGAAGCUUUUGACAAUAAGAAGCAUCUGCUGCAUUUUAUGUACCAAAUGAUUGUCAAAAACAAGAUCAGAGAUUUCAAUCCAGAAACUAUCCCUCAGGACAACAGAAAUAACAACCAUGAUUCAGUUGGGAUAGGCGACGAGGUGCGUAAAAUUUCUCAAACAAAUCAAGAACAUUACGGGGAAAGCAGAGCAGGUGCAAUUGCAAAAGCGGUAGCCUCUCAUGCCGGGGAGUUUCUUGAGCACGCAAUAGAGGAAUUCGACUCUGCACUUUCGGAUGCAAAAAUGGCUGGAAUUAAACUUCCAGGAAAUGUAGAGAAAGUCACCAACAUUCUCCGCAAUUUGCAGAAGAAUAUUCAGCAUGUGAAUCACAAGAAAGAUGGAUCUUUGGGAGAUCAAAUUGGCAUUCCUUCAGCUUCACGGCUGUAUAUCUUUCUCAAGAUGAAAUUCAAGCCGCUUCCUAAAGACUGUGGUAUAGGAAAUAUUACACUGGACGGGGAGAAGAGGAUACUGUGUCUUCCAGUUAUCACUCUGCAUGCUAAUUCUGAAGUCAUACUGAGGAACUUGGUGGCCUACGAGGCAACGUCGAAGAUGGGAUCGACCCAAAUGAGGGAUUAUGUGGAUUUGAUGUGCGGGCUGAUAAGAUCCGAGAAAGAUGUGGAAAUGUUGAAGAGAUCUGGAGUCAUUGAAACAAAAAUUCCUGAUGAAGAGAUAGUCAAAAUGUGCAAUGGGUUUACGAAAUCUGAUGAAAAGCCUGACGAGGUAUCUAAGGUUGCUGGCACCGUGAAGGAAGUCAGUAAUCAGUUCAACGAUGUUCGAAUUGUUAAGGCUUCUAGAUGCUGUAUGAAGGUAUCUGCAGAUUGUGUGAAAUUUUGGAGGCCACUUUUUCCGAUAUUCGUGGUGUUGCUUCUUCUUUUUCAAUCAAUUUGUGAAAUAUGGGACUGUAGGAGGAGGAGUUCUCUUGGAGGAGGAGCCUUGCGCGAUCUUUAUUUGGGGGAUUUGGGUCCUGAAGCUACACUCAUGCUACCCCGGAAAAUGUAUCCAUAUUAG